AUGGCAGACGAGAAGAACAAAAUAGUUUGGAACGAGAAGGCGAAGAGAUUCGAGACGGAGGACAAGGAAGCCUACCUCUCGUACGAGCUCCGGAGAGAUAUCAACGGCGACGGCGGCCAAACGGCGAUGGACAUAACCCACACGUACGUGCCGCCGAGCAAGAGGGGCUUAGGCCUCGCCGCCGACCUCUGCUCCGCCGCCUUCUCGCACGCUCAGAGCCACUCGUUGUCCGUCAUUCCCACCUGCUCUUACGUCUCCGUAAGCUGCUUCGUCUUUUCCCCCUUUUUUUUAUUGGUGAUUUGA